AUGCUUAGGAGAUUGAACCUAGUUGCGAAAUCAUUGCGUCACGUUAAUCGCGGUGAUUUAAGAACCCUAAUUUCGACUGCCUUAUGCAAUCGCACUGUUUGUACAGUCUCAGAAGAACAUUACGAAUCAUCUAAUCAUGUUGUUGUAGAUGAGAGUUAUGUUCUUGCUGAAUUAUCUUCGUUGCUUCCAAUUUCAUCUAAAACCUCAACGGUGGCUAAAGACGAAGUUAGUUCGAAGAAUCGAGUAGCUAUCGAUUCGUUUUUGUUGCCAGAGGAGAAACUUAGAGGUGUGUUUCUUCAGAAAUUGAAAGGGAAAUCUGCUAUAGAGAAGGCUUUGAGUAGUCUUGGUAUUGGUUUGAGUUUUGAGAUUGUGAGCAAUGUUGUCGAUCGAGGGAAUUUAAGUGGUGAAGCGAUGGUUACGUUCUUUAAUUGGGCGAUUCGUCAGCCUGGUGUAUCGAAAGAUGUUGAUAGCUAUUAUGUGAUUUUGAGAGCGCUAGGGAGGAGGAAGUUUUUCGAUUGUAUGAUGGAUGUUUUACGGAAAAUGGUAUGCGAAGGGGUUGACGCGGAUCUGAAGUGUUUAACCAUUGCCAUGGAUAGUUUCACUAAGGCUCAUUAUGUGCGUAGAGCGGUAGAGUUGCUUGAGGAUAGCAAAGUUUUUGGGGUGAAAUGUAGUACUGAGUCUUUCAAUGCACUACUGCGGUGUCUCUGUGAACGUUCGCAUGUGACUGCUGCAAACUCGGUGUUUAAUGCAAAGAAAGGUAAGAUACUGUUUGACAUCUCUACUUAUAACAUUAUGAUUAGUGGGUGGUCGAAGCUCGGUGAGAUUGAAGAAAUGGAAAAGGUUUUGAAGGAGAUGGUGGAGGGUGGAUUCGGUCCCAACUGUUUGACUUUUAGCCACCUUAUCGAAGGGUUGGGAAGAGCUGGUCGUGUCAGUGAUUCUGUUGAGAUCUUUGAUAAUAUAAAAGAAAAGGGUAAUGUCCCCGACGCAACUGUUUACAAUGCUAUGAUCUGUAAUUUCAUGUUUGCUCGAGAUUUUGAUGAAUCCGUGAGGUACUACCGAAGGAUGCUGGAUGAGGAAUGUGAACCUGACUUGGACACCUAUUCCAAGCUUGUUUCUGGGCUCAUUAAAGGCCGUAAGGUUGCAGAUGCGCUUGAGAUGUUCGAAGAGAUGUUGUCAAGAGGGAUUGUUCCCACCACAGGGCUUGUUACCUCUUUUCUCAAGCCGCUUUGCAGCUACGGUCCACCACAUGCUGCGAUGGUUAUCUAUCAGAAAGCAAGAAAAGCGGGGUGUAGGAUAUCGCAAAGCGCAUAUAAGCUGUUGCUUUAUCGAUUAUCAAGAUUUGGAAAAUGUGGGUUGUUGUUGAAUGUGUGGGACGAAAUGCAAGAGUCUGGAUAUCCUUCCGACGUGGACGUCUACGAGUAUAUUGUGGAUGGGCUCUGUAACAUUGGGCAUCUAGACAACGCUGUGCUUGUAAUGGAAGAAGCCAUACGCAAAGGGUUUUGCCCAAACCGCCUUGUUUAUAGUAGGCUUAGCAAUAAACUAAUGGCUUCAAACAAAACAGAAAUGGCUUAUAAGCUGUUUCUGAAGAUCAAACAGGCUCGUGUUAAAGAAAACGCUCGCGUAUUCUGGCGAAGAAAUGGGAAAUGGCAACAGAAGUUUAGAAAAGGGAAGGAGGAGAUGGAAAAGUGGGAGGCACUUCAAGUUCGAUGGGUUUCCCUCUUUAGAAACGCUUCUUCUAUCAUCCAGAGAUUACAGGCAAUGCAAAACCAUGGGAGCUAUGGAGCUUUAAGAUGCGUGAAGGGGAUUGAAGACGCGGUUGUGCAGCAACAGAUGGAUCAAUUGGACACUCUUUUGCUUUCCAUGAAAAAAAUUUUGGAGGAAUUCCGAGGCUGUGUUUUGGCAUUAGAGAAGCUACAUCGAGAAGGGUCGCAAUUACUGAAAAUGGAACAGAGCAAGAAGCGAGUAGAAGAACGGAUUGGAGUAAAACCUUGCAUUGCAGAUUGCUUGGAGGGACUUUCUCUUCUUUAUGACAUGCAUCAAUCAGAAUACCAUCUUAAAUCUUCAUUAUUUUCGGCACUUUCAUGUCUUAUCCUGAAACCAAGUUCUGAAGAUCUUAAUGCGCUACAGUGCCUCGUGAUUGAUCAGCCAAAUAUCCCGAAAGACGAAGUGCAACACAUCUUCGAUAUCAUAUUCGCUGAGGAGAUGAAAUGA